AUGAAGCUCUUUACUCUUUUUGUGUUAUCUUUAUCUUUCUUUACCAUUAUGGGGCAGCUUCCUUCACAGGACAUUUUAGCAUUGUUGGAGUUUAAGAAAUGCAUCAAGCAUGACCCUACUGGUUAUGUCCUGAAUUCGUGGAAUGAAGAAUCGAUUGACUUUGACGGUUGUCCGUCUUCAUGGAAUGGUGUUCUUUGUAACGGUGGUAAUGUUGCUGGUGUUGUCCUUGAUAACUUAGGUCUCUCUGCCGAUACGGAUUUGAGUGUUUUUUCUAAUCUGUCGAAGCUUGUGAAACUUUCCAUGGCCAAUAAUUCCAUAUCAGGAAAAUUACCCAACAAUGUUGCCGAUUUCAAAAGCAUUGAGUUUCUUGAUAUUUCCAAUAACCUCUUUUUUUCGUCCUUACCGGUUGGAAUCGGUAAAUUUGAUAGCUUGCAGAAUCUGUCAUUGGCUGGAAAUAACUUUUCCGGUCCAAUUCCGAAUUCUAUUUCUGAGAUGUCUUCCAUCAAAUCAUUAGACUUGAGCCGUAACGCCCUUUCCGGAGCACUUCCGCAAUCAUUGACUAAACUGGAUAGUCUUGUAUCUCUUAAUGUGUCUCGUAAUGGCUUCACUGGAAAAAUUCCCAGAGGUUUUGAGCUUAUUUCCAACCUUGAUAAACUCGACUUGCAUGGGAAUAUGCUUGACGGUCCUUUAGAUCUCGAGUUUAUGCUUUUAUCAGGUGCUAGCUAUGUUGAUUUAAGUGAUAACAUGCUGCUGAGUUCCGAUUCCGGGAAAUUUCUUCCACAAAUAUCUGAAAGUAUUAAGUAUAUGAAUCUUAGCCAUAACCAGCUUACUGGUUCAUUGGUUGGUGGAGCCGAACAACCUGUUUUCCAAAACUUGAAGGUGUUGGAUCUCAGCUAUAACCAAUUGAAUGGUGAAUUACCUGGAUUCGAUUUUGUUUACGAUCUCCAAACCCUUAAGCUUAGCAACAAUAAGUUUUCAGGAUUUAUUCCUAGUGGCUUACUUAAAGGAGAUUCUUUGGUUUUAACUGAACUUGAUUUGAGCGCCAACAAUCUUUCAGGACCACUGAGUAUAAUUACAUCAACGACACUUCACUUUCUGAAUAUCUCAUCAAAUGGUUUCACUGGCCAGCUGCCGCCGCUGACUGGAAGUUGUGCUGUACUCGAUCUGUCAAAUAACAAAUUUGAAGGAAAUUUAACAAGGAUGUUUAAAUGGGGGAACAUAGAAUAUCUUGAUCUCAGUCGGAAUCGUUUGACAGGGAACAUCCCCGAGGUAACUCCUCAGUUUUUGCGAUUGAGUUAUUUGAACUUAUCUGGUAAUGAUCUCGGUGACUCCCUUCCAAAAGUAUUAACACGGUAUCCGAAGCUUAGAGUGCUUGAUAUCAGUUCCAACCAAUUAAAAGGCUUUCUUCUAGCAGAAUUUUUCACAAUGCCAACGUUACAAGAGCUUCAUCUCGAAAAUAAUUUGAUUGAUGGUGGCAUCAAUUUAUCGUCUACUCUUGACCAAUCUCAUCUUCAAGUUCUUGAUCUUUCUCACAACCAGCUUAAUAGCUUUUUUCCCGAUAAAUUUGGAUCAUUAACUAGCCUGAGAGUGCUCAAUAUCGCUGGAAAUAAAUUUGCUGGUUCUCUUCCAACUACUAUUUCUGACAUGAGUUCUCUAGACUCCUUGGAUAUAUCGGAUAAUCGUUUUACCGGUCCACUUCCAAAUAAUAUGCCAAUUGGACUCAAAUACUUCAAUGCUUCAGAAAAUGAUCUAUCUGGAGCUGUCCCAGAAAUUCUUAGGAAGUUCCCUACUUCUUCUUUCUUUCCUGGAAAUGACAAGUUACAUUUUCCAAAUGGUCCUCCUGGAUCAACCGUUUCACCGGCCGAUAGUUCCAAGGGGAGGAAGUCUAUGACCACGGUUGUUAAGGUAAUAAUUAUAGUCUCAUGUGUGGUUGCUCUCUUCAUAUUAAUCUUACUGGCUGUCUUCAUACACUACAUACGUAUGUCAAGAUCAUCUACGCAAGAAUAUGAUACAAGUAAGGAUAUCCACGGGCGCCCUCAACCGGUAAUAUCUGGACCUAUUCGUCCGACAGAGAGAGGUGGCCCUUUGGUUGUAUCGGCUGAAGAUCUUGUAUCCUCGCGUAAAGGUUCACCAUCAGAAAUAAUUAGCCCCGAUGAAAAAACUGCAGCCGUAGCUGGAUUCUCCCCGUCAAAACACAGCCACUUUUCAUGGUCACCAGGAUCUGGCGAUUCAUUGACUGCCGAAAAUCUUACAAGGCUAGAUACGAGGUCUCCGGAUAGGUUGAUUGGUGAGCUGCAUUUUCUUGAUGAUACAAUAUCGCUGUCACCUGAGGAGCUAUCGAGGGCACCGGCUGAAGUUCUGGGAAGAAGUAGUCACGGUACUUCUUACAAAGCAACUUUGGAUAAUGGCGUGUUGUUGAGAGUGAAGUGGUUGAGAGAAGGAGUGGCAAAACAAAGAAAAGAAUUUGUUAAAGAGAUAAGAAAGUUUGCAAACAUCAGGCAUCCAAAUGUCGUCGGUUUGAGAGGUUAUUAUUGGGGUCCUACGCAGCACGAGAAGCUCAUUCUUUCAGAUUACAUUUCACCAGGAAGUCUUUCAAGUUUUCUUUAUGAUCGACCAGGGAGAAACGGUCCACCGUUAACAUGGGCUCAGAGGCUCAAAAUAGCAGUUGAUGUAGCACGUGGCCUGAACUAUCUCCAUUUCGACCGAGCUGUUCCUCACGGGAACCUUAAAGCUACAAACGUGCUGUUAGACACACCUGAUAUGAACGCACGUGUUGCUGAUUAUUGUCUUCACCGACUCAUGACUCAAGCUGGUACUAUUGAACAGAUUCUUGAUGCUGGUGUCUUGGGUUAUCGUGCACCAGAGUUAGCUGCUUCCAAGAAGCCAAUGCCGUCGUUCAAGUCAGAUGUCUAUGCUUUCGGCGUGAUACUUUUGGAGCUUUUAACUGGAAGGUGUGCUGGUGAUGUGGUAUCCGGUGAGGAGGGAGGUGUUGAUCUUACAGAUUGGCUAAGAUUGCGAGUAGCAGAAGGUCGAGGCUCGGAGUGUUUUGAUUCUACUUUGAUGUCAGAAAUGGGAAAUCCAGUGGUAGAAAAGGGAAUGAAGGAGGUCUUAGGAAUAGCGAUCCGAUGUAUUCGAUCGGUUUAUGAAAGGCCUGGUAUCAAGACUAUAUAUGAAGAUAUUUCUUCUAUAUAG